UCAUCUCUAACCCCCCACCCCACCCUUGUAUACAAUAUACAGGUUUUUCAUCAUUUCAUGAAUCUCUGAUCCAAAAAAAUAUCUCAAGAGAGAGAAUCAAUCAAGUUAAUGAUGAAAGUAAACAUGGGUUUAAAGAUCUGUCUCCUGACUUCUCUCAUUUUAGCCUCACUUGUAUCAUCUUCAUCUGCAGCCCGAUGCGGAUCCCCCAGUGGUUUUCCAAUGGCCAAACUUGGUGCAACUGAUCAAAAUCAGAAAUCUUUAUAUUCGGAAGAUGAUCAUGAGAUAUUAAAGAGGGAUGAAAUUCAUGAGAGGCUGCUAAGGGUUAACACGAAAGAUUAUGGACGACCUGAUCCUGCACCAACGUUUGUCAAGCCUCCAUUUAAACUCAUACCGAACUGAUCAACUCGCAUCGAUCGGUUUAGAGUUCAGCUACAUGUUCUACGUAUGCAGUAUCUAUAUAUGAAAUUAGCAAAGCGAAAACAACGAUAUAUAUAUAUAUAUAUAUCCCUCAGGGAGUAUUACAUAUGUACCCUAUAAGUUUUUGAGAUAAUACUCUCCCUCUCUCUCUAUAUAUAUAUGUAUAAAUAUAUGUAUGUAUGUAUGUAUAUGAGAUAACUGUGCUGUAGCUAGGGUUUAUGCUGCCCAGCAAGCAUCAUGCAUGUAACAUAUUGAUGAAUUAUGGAUGUUUGCUUCAUAUUAUGAAGUGUAUGAAGUAUGAAUAUGAAUAUAUUACAUA